GUCACGUUCCCCCUCGCGGUCUGGUCUAUGAUGUCACGGUCUGUCAAUCCCGCAGAGGGCGGGGUCUCCUUGCGCCGCGAUUGGCGAGCCGGGCGGUGACGUCAGCGGGCGCUGAAGGGGAGGGGUUUAUCCCGGAGAGCGAGUGUCCGCGCGCUCCGUCAGCCGCAUCCUCGUCAUCAGGGACUUGGAGAGCCUCCAUCAUCACCUCGUCUUUCAUCACCUCCAUCACCUCCGUCAGCUCCAUCAUGUCCGGCUCUAAGGAGGACGACCGGAAGGGCUCGAGUGAGUGGCGGGAUUUCUUCUGGAACCCGAGGACGCACGAGCUGCUGGGCCGGACCGCCGCCAGCUGGGGGCUGAUCCUGCUCUUCUACCUGAUCUUCUACCUGUGUCUGGCGGGCAUGUUCGCCUUCACCAUGUAUAUCCUGCUGCUCACACUCGACGACUACAAGCCCACCUGGCAGGACCGGCUGGCCACUCCAGGGAUGAUGAUUCGCCCAAAGGGAAACCAGCUGGAGAUCACCUUCUCCACCUCAGACACCGAGAGCUGGGACGGCUUCAUCCACAAUCUCAACUCCUUCCUGUCCCCGUACAACGACAGCUAUCAGGUUCAGACCAACGAUGAAUGCACACCUGACGAGUACUUCAUCCAAGAGGACAGCGGAGAGGUGAGGAACAAUCCCAAACGUUCCUGUCAGUUCAAUCGGACGAUGUUGGAGGAGUGUUCGGGGGUUUUGGAUCGUUUCUAUGGUUACGACAAAGGACAGCCCUGCAUCCUCAUCAAACUGAACCGGGUGAUCGGGAUGUUACCGGGGAAGGAAAGACAGUCUCCUUAUGUCACCUGUGCAGCAAAGAGGUACAGAGUGGGUGAAAAUGAGUGGAGGGAGGACAGCGACAAGAUCGGACCUCUGGCUUAUUAUCCUCCUAAUGGGACCUUCAACCUCAUGUACUACCCGUACUACGGCAAGAAGGCCCAGGUGAACUACACUCAGCCUCUAGUGGCCGUGAAGUUCCUGAACGCCUCUCUGAACACAGACAUCAACGUGGAGUGUAAAGUGACCUCCAACACGCUCGCCGCCGGCAGUGACAGGGACAAGUUCGCCGGACGCGUCUCCUUCAAACUCCGAAUCAACGACAAAUAGACACACACACUGACACAGACACACACGCACACACAAACACACACAAACACGUGAAAGCUGCACUCAUCCAGAUGUUUCCACUUCCUGUCACAGCCUCACACUGACCAGCUGUAUUUUAUAUUUCCAUGUUGUGUUCACUGACCAUGAUGACGAUGCGUUCACUGACCAGGGUCAUGAUGCGUUUACUGACCAUAAUCAUGAUGCAUUCAGUGACCAUGAUGAUGACGAUGCGUUCACUGACCAGGGUCAUGAUGCAUUCACUGACCAGGGUCAUGAUGCGUUUACUGACCAUAAUCAUGAUGCAUUCACUGACCAUGAUGACGAUGCGUUCACUGACCAGGGUCAUGAUGCAUUCACUGACCAGGGUCAUGAUGCGUUUACUGACCAUAAUCAUGAUGCAUUCACUGACCAUGAUGACGAUGCGUUCACUGACCAGGGUCAUGAUGCAUUCACUGACCAGGGUCAUGAUGCGUUUACUGACCAUAAUCAUGAUGCAUUCACUGACCAUGAUGACGAUGCGUUCACUGACCAGGGUCAUGAUGCAUUCACUGACCAGGGUCAUGAUGCGUUUACUGACCAUAAUCAUGAUGCAUUCACUGACCAUGAUCGCGAUGCGUUCACUGACUGUUUAAAGUGUCUGUUUCUCAGUGGAUUCCCUGGUAGUUGUAAACACACAGUUUCUUUCUCUGAUAGGACCCCUCGGUGCAGCUUUAACUCAGACAUACCCACCCUCAAACCGACCAAUCCGCACGCACACAUAGUCUGAUGUCACUGCCACUGGAGGCCGGUGACAGGCCAGUGUUCACCUCCAUGGUGGAUCAGUCUGCAUGAAUCAAAGAGAGAAUUAUUGAUCCCUUAAUGUACACUUUAUUGAUUGUUUAUUUAUUUGUUUGUUUACGACGUGUUUGUUUACACUGACAUUCUUUAACUAAAGUCAGAGAUGAGACAUGUGAACACAGAAACACUCUGACAUCGACCAACCACAGUAAUUAAUGACCUCAUAGUCAGGUGACUGAUCAAUCAGCCAGUCUGGAGUCAGUUCUCAAUUCUCUGAUAAUGAACCACAUCUUCUACAUCAUUCCCAGUCCAGAAACCACAAACCAGUUCACUAACUGGUUUGUCUUAUCGGCCAUGAUAAAUGUCUCCUCGUUUGUUGCCACGGAAACAGCUGAACUCACAGCCAAUCGGAAGCUAGCUUUAGUUUCCAUUCCCGCAGCUUUAGUGUGAUGAUGUCACCUCGUUUCUUCUUUUCCUUUUUGUGUGGCUGCAGCUGAUUGGCUCCUUAGUUAGAAAAUCAAUUAGUGCUCACCUGGGUGAGUUAGGUUAGUUAGUUAACGAGGUAGGAAGUCGUUAAUGUUUGCUUUUGUUUGUUAUUUAUUUGUUUGUAUGUGUGUUUCUGUUUCCACCAUGGGGCUGAGCAUGACAACACACACACACACACACACAGUCAGUGUCCUCAGCUCCGUCGGGGAAACACCCCCAUUUACCUGUACUCCUGUCCACCAAUUGUCUUCCUUUAAAGAAAGGGCCUGGCCAAUCAGAGGUUCCCGCUGUAUGAUGUCAUCUACUGCUACCUGCUUGUAACUGGUUGAUUUCUCCUGCCUGAAAAUGUCCUUGUGUUCAAACAGCGAAUAAAAAAAAGCAAGAAAUUAAACAACAAAAAACUA